GAUAAAAUGUUUUUCAGGAAGUGCGUGUACUUAGUUGACAGGACGCUGGUUGUGGUGGCGCUUGUAAAGUUUUGGGGAGACAAGCAAACGUUGAAGACGAGGUGGGACUGGAUCCAGGCUUCUAAUCAGUUGCUAUUGGUGGUAUAUUCAGCCCACUUGAAGGCGUGGUCUGUAAUACACUGACAGCAGGUUGAUACAGCACUUGCUUGGGUGAGAGGCAUGGCUGCAGUCAGGAAAGAGACCAGCCUGAAAGAUGAGCUGACCUGUGCCAUCUGCUAUGACCUGUUUACGGAGCCGGUGAUGCUGGGCUGCAUGCACCACUUCUGCAAGGCCUGCAUCGUGACGUUCUGGAGGGGGGUCCAGGGCCCGGUGUCCUGCCCUCAAUGCAGGCACGAGUUCCCCAGCAAACACUUUCAGACCAACUACCUGGUGACAGGUGUGGUGGAGAGGGUCAAGGCUACAAGCGCUGAAGGCUACGUGACAAAACUGCAGAAACAGAUGAAAGAUUCACUGAGAGAUCACCAUACCAAGAGGGAUGACUUUCUGAGCAUGAUUCAGCGUGAUGAAGAGAAGAUUGGCUGCAUUCAGCGCUCCUGUGCCCAGCUGCAGAGGAAGGUCCAGGGCGAGUUUCAGCUCCUGCAUCAGAUGAUUCAGGACGAGGAGGCGUCCGUGCUGGAGCAGCUGAAGCGAGAGGAGGCGGAGCUGCUGGGCCAGCUGGGCACACACCUGCAGCAGCUGAGGGAAGCAGUGAGGGAGGCGGAGGAGAGCAUGAAGGUCCUGCAGCGCGCCAUGGACAGCAUGGAGCACAGCGUCGUGGUGGAGGCUCCAGAAAUGAACCUGAGAUCAUCAGUGGGAAAGGAACCAAAUGUAAACACUCACCUUAUUGUUAGUAAGUACACAGGCCCCUUGCAGUACAUCGUUUGGAAGAAGAUGGCCAGGCUUCUCAAACCUGCACCAGCUCCGCUGACCUUUGACCCUGAAACAGCCCAUCCUAACUUGAUCCUCUCCCGAGACCGACGGUCGGUAGCAGAGUGCAGCGAGAAGCUGUUCGCCCGCAGCCACCCCAAGCGCUUCGACCAGUGUGUGAACGUGCUGGCAGCACAGGGAUUCGCCUGUGGGAGCCACUACUGGGAGGUAGAGGUGGGGAGAAAGACCAAGUGGGACCUGGGUGUGGCUCUAGGAUCUGUUGAUAGGAAAACGAGGGUGAAACUGUGCCCCGAAAAUGGCUACUGGACCCUCCGGCUGCGCAAUGGGAAUGAGUACUGGGCAGGCACUCGGCCCUGGAGCCCCCUGCGCCUCCACAGUGCCCCCUGUAGGGUUGGUGUUUUUCUGGACUAUGAGGAGGGGAGGGUGUCCUUCUACAAUGCUGAGGAUAUGAUGCUGCUCUUCACCUUCUUUGGCAGCUUUAGUGGGAAGGUCUUUCCUUUCUUCAGCACCUGCUUCAAUGACGGGGGCAGGAAUGCUGAGCCGAUGCGCCUCUGUCACCUCAGCCUUUAAAACCUGCUCACACAUGGCACUUGGGGUCGUGUUCCCGGAGCCUGUUGUAUAUAUGGGUCAUUCUUACCCCCUCGCUGUUGAGAGCUGUCCUAGCUGUCUGCCUUAGGGAACAAUGGAAAGCCAUGGAGUUUGUCAACAUUCGGGCCAAUAUAUAAAAUCUGUUGAUUUUUUUUAAUGCUAUUUCUUGCCACCUUCUCUUGUCAGGGCCCCCUUGAAAUGUGAGAUCUGUCUCAAGGGUUCUGUCCUGGUUAAUGUAAAAUACAUUUGAAAUUUGAACGUGGGUUAACAUUGUGUUAUUUGAGAAACUGUCAAACUGUUUACCUGUAACCUAACGUAAAUAAAGCAUGUUUUGCAGGGUUGGAAAUUGACUGUGCAUGUUCUUUACACAUUCAUCAUUGCUCCUGUCACCAACCUGCUGUGAGGGCAAACUGGCAUGUUCUGAGAAAUAGUCAUGACUUUGUUUUCUCUGUAGUUUUGUGACACUUUCAGUCCAGACAAAUACUUGGGUUUUGUUCCCAGUGGAAACCUCUGAUGUCAGACCCAAAUCCAGCCCGGUACAGUAGUCCUGAAGCACAGCCGGAGAUGUACAACUCUAGUGUGUAGGGCUGUAUGUUUUUGAAGUUGUUGGUAGACAUAGAUAUAGACAGAUUAUAAAGUAAAUCCAAUGCAAUCAAAAUAAAUGAUCAUGAAUACACAAUUUUAAAAUACAGAAACUAUAAAUAGGCAGUUAAAAAUUAUAAUACGUUCUAGUUUACGAUAUUAAAACAAAUCCUAAAUGUUUGCCAGAAAUCUACCCAGAGCUGGAAAGAUCUCCAAUGAAUGAAAAAUG